AUGACGGAGGCCACGUGUUACCCUGAAAACUGUAACAUGAAGCUCAACUUUGAGUCCAGGUUAGACAAAAUAUUUGCCGACUUUUGGGAGAAACUGUCACUAAGACAGCAGCAGACUGCCAAGCAAAAAGCAAAUCACCACUCUCUAAAGGCAUUGUCUUCACUGCUCCACCGCAGACACGCAGAGUCCAAAUGGAACAGAGCUCGAAAAUGGCAGCGAAGGGGGCAACACCUCAAGCUGGUACAUAAACCUAAACGACCAAGUGCGGAUGGAGCUAGGCACCAGCACAAGCAACUGGCGACUCACCAUAAACCCUGCUACCUACAGCAGCCCGAAUCGAGGCUCCAAAGACGACUGUACCUCGAACCACGCAGUACCCCAACAUCAUUAACGAUCACAAGUUUUACACUUGCUGGGAUACUAGACCUGACCCUAGGACUCUCGUGGCUAGACUAUGUCUCAGACUACCCCAGACUGGCAUAG